AUGAUCUCUCCUCGCAUUGGCGCUCGACUCGCGAAGUCGCUACGUCCAAGUCCAUUCCGCCUGAACGCGACGUUCACUCGCUCCUACCCCGAUAAAUCCGACAAUGCAAGCAUUGAGUCCAUACUUGGCGCGCCAAACUGGUCUGUCAAGUCGCUUCUGCCGGACCCAGCUUCGAAACCACCACCGUCAAUCACGCCGAAACAACUGCACCAUCUGCUGCGCAUCUCGGCUCUUCCCCAGCCUAUCGACCAAGAGGAAGAGCAGUUGAUGCUGGAUACACUUGAGUCCCAAAUUCAUUUCGUCAAAGAGAUGCAACUUGUCGAUACUACAGGCGUCGAACCGUUAGCGAGAAUUCGCGACGAGAGUCCCGCUGCUAUGGAGGAGGCUAAGAUCGGACUCGAACAGCUGAAGGAGGCUCUGUCUAGGGAGAAAGUCUCAGGACGACGGAAAAGGAUCGAACGUGUCCCAAGAGAAAGGAAUGAUUGUCCGGAUGGAACAGCUUGGGAUGGGAAUGCACUUGCGUGCGCAACCAAGAAAAUGGGGAAAUACUUCGUUGUCGAGAUUGGCAAUUGA